GCCCGGGCUGAUUGGCGUGUGGCAGCACCGGGGCCGUCUCCGCCCUCCCGCGGCUCGCACAACUUUUGCGGCUGAGAGCGCGCUCGCACCCCGCUCCGCUCGCCGCCGCCCUCGGCCCGGCGCCCGGCAUGUGAGCGCGGGCGGCCGCCGCCACCAUGGCCACGCCGCGCGCCCCGCGGUGGCCGCCGCCGUCGCUGCUGCUGCUGCUGCUACCGCUGCUGCUGCUGCCGCCCGCCGUCCCCGGGGCGCGGGGCCCCCUUCCCUCCCCGGCCCACCGUACACUCCUCCCGGCCGCAGGGCCGCUUUCGCCUCCUAGCACCGGACACACGGCCCCCGGGCCCAGCGUCGCGACCCGGCGGGGACGUUCCGGCCGUGUCCCCAGAGGCGUGAGCGCGGCUGCUGCAAGGAACCUUUGGCCGGAAAGUAACAACACUGAACCCCACAUAGGAUACACCCCCUUUUAUCAGAGUCGAGAGGACCAUUCAGGUCCCAGAAAGGGAGUGACAGCUCAGACUGCCAGAAUGAGCCACAGUUCCUCAGAAGGCCCAGAAAACCCCUCCCUCCUCCCUGAGACAAGUGCCGACUGGAGGAACAUGUCUUCCUCAGGCAGAGCAGACACCGCUGCUCUGCACCUUGGACCCUCGCCUGAGAUCACCACAGCGCCGACCGCCCUCAGCAGCAUGUCGUCCCUGGAGAGCCUUCCCCAGUCACCCAGCAGUUCCAGGUCACAAAGAAGAAUCACCUCUUCUCAAGCAGAGAGUGGAACAUCCCCAGGUUUCCUGGAGAAGACAAGGGAGCUCCCGGAAGGGACUGUGCACACACGAGUGGCCGGCAGCACCUGGGGUUCCCACCAAGCCUCCCUUCCUGCACUGGAACCCGAGGAGCCAACGGUGCUCUCCCAGAAGAGAAAUUCAUCUGGCCAGGAACAUCCUGGGCCACCAUCCUCCUGGACCCAGAGUCACCCUCCUUCCUCAGACCACCCCUCGUCUUCUGGAAGUAUAAAGAACAGUAGUAACUUCACCGCUCUCCAAAACCCAUCAGUCACCCAGACAAAGAGCAUGCUUAUCACCGACACAUUCACUAAUGGCGUCCCAAGAACGCUGCGGUCUCUGCCUGUAAGUGUGGAACCUGCAAAUGAGACAGAGGGUUUCCCUGAGCACUCCAGACUUGCUAUAACUUCAGUGUCCAUCCACUCUUCACCCUCUGUGAAGGACUCAAGGACAAAUGUCGGACUAACUGAGCAUCUGGGAGAUGGAGAAGGCACUGAGCUGUCUACAGAAAAUGGAUAUGGACGUCCUUCUAUACACUGGCAAAGCGAUGCCCCCGCCUUCGGAGGACAUCAGCCUGCCAGCAGCUCAGAAGCAGGAAAUGGAGGUGCCGUGCGUCUGACUGAGGCUGAGUUUAGGUCAGACCCCUCCGUUGGUGGUGGAGAGAGCACAGGCCUAUGGUUCCCCGCCAAAACCAAAACAUCUACAGAUACAGCAGAAAGCUCAGCUUUGCAUACAGAAGCUGGGGACACUUGGGGUUUGACUCCGUCCUCGCACGCUGCACAGCAGCCCCGAGGUGGGAGGGGUUAUGCAGAGUCUUCAUCUUCUUCAUCUACAUCAUCUUCCGAAAGUCUGGAUUCCUCAGCCCUACUCGGAGAGCAUUCACCUCCAGAAGAUGGUGCAUUGCUGAGUGACAGCUCAGAUCUGGCAGACAGCACUUCGGGGGCUCGCACACCUCACACAUCUGCAAUGUUCACCCGGAGCGGGGAGCGCACACUGCGGUCCCUUGACCUCUCGCAUGCAGCAACCCGCCCUGCGCGCCCCACUCCACGCGGGAAUGUGACAGAGCAUGCUGGCCUGCUGUCCGGGGCACCAACUCUCGGAGUCACUGGACUUAGCUACACUCAAGAACACGGCUCAGAUGCUGGACAAAGGACUUCUGGUGACCACACAGACCACGCCUAUAUUCCGUUGACUUUCACCAAAGGAGAACGGACACUACUGUCUAUUACAGAUAAUACUUCCUACUCAGAGGCUGGUGAGAGCUCAACCUUUUCCAUUAAGAUCUCAGACUCUCUGCACUUGGACUCUCCUUCUCAGGCUCAGCCUAAACAAAGCAGCAUGUCCUCCUACGAUGAUGAGCCUGCUCAGUCGUCCACCGAGUCACCAGUUCUGCCUACGUCCAACCUUCCAACCUACACGUCCACCGUUAAUAUGCCAAACACCUUGGUUCUUGAUACCAGUACCAAACCUGUUGAGGACCCAUCUGAUUCAGGGAUGCCUUCAGCUCCACCAUCACAACCCCAGCCAUUCUCAUCAGCCUUACCAUCAACGGGGUCUCCCGUACAGCAGCUAAAGUCUACCUCUGAGACAGCAGCAUCCUCACUGUCGCCUUCACCGGUCUCCUUAAUGGUGUCGACUCUUGCCCCAUAUUCUGUCUCACGAACAACCUUCCCACAUCCAUCUUCUACCCUAGUCCCUCACAGGGCAAGGGAGCCACGUGUGACUUCAGUCCAAAUGUCGACAGCAAUAUCAGCCAUUGCGUUGGUCCCCAGCAACCAAACAGCAAGCCCCGAGAACCAGAGCCCCCCACAGCCAGAGAAGCCCAGCACAGACACUAAGUCACCAAGCUUGUUGUCUUCACCCACAGACUCUACCAAAGCAGCAACAGUGAGCCUUCCUCCAGGGGCCCCUUGGUCCCCAGCCUUAAUAGGGGUCUCCACGGAGCCAGCCCUUCCAGCCACAAGCACCAGGUUAUUCCAGAUGUCUCCAGCUUUGACAUCUGCCAUGCCCCAGACUACUAACUCUCCUGUGACCAGCCCCAGCACCCUGGCACCUGUAGAAGCUUUGACCCCAGAUGCUGUAGUUGUGCACACCACCCCGGAGACACAACACCUCCCGACCCAUCCUGAAAUUCUAGUGCCACAAAUCUCAACUGAGGGAGCUGUCACCACAGAAGGGAACCAGGAGCAUACGGAUCCUACCACUCGGUCAAUCCUGACCACGUCAGCCACGCCAGCAGAAGAAAUGGCCACAGAGCUUGGCCACGUGGAAGAGUCUAGCCCUGUUUCACAUUUUCUUAGGCCGUCUUCACCUCAAACCACAGGUGUUUCUACAGCUGAAACGUUGACUUCCAGAUAUACCACCUUUGCUGCUCAGGACACCCCACAGUCACCAACAGCACUGUCGCCUCUAACCCCAGUCAACAGCUGUACUGUGAACCCUUGUCUUCAUGAUGGCGAAUGCAUCGUGGACCUCUCCAGCCGUGGGUAUCGAUGUGUGUGCCCACCUGCCUGGCAAGGGGACAACUGCAGUGUGGAUGUGAACGAAUGUCUCUCCAGUCCCUGCCCGCCCCUAGCCGCGUGCAACAAUACUCAGGGGUCUUUCACCUGCAGAUGCCCAGUCGGGUAUCAGUUGGAGAAAGGAAUAUGCAAUCUGGUUAGAACCUUCGUGACUGAGUUAAAGUUAAAGAAGACUUUUCUCAAUACUACUGCAGAAGACCACUCCAACACCCAUGAACUUGAAAAUGAGAUCGCUCAAACAUUAAACGUGUGCUUUUCAACAUUGCCUGGUUAUAUCCGAACUACAGUCCGUGUGUCUAGAGAGCCCAGUACAGUGGUCAUCUCACUGCAAACCACCUUUGCCCUGGCCUCCAAUGUGACGCUAUUUGACCUGGCUGACAGGAUCCAGAAAUAUGUCAACUCCUGCAGGUCCUCUGCUGAAGUCUGCCAGCUCUUGGGGUCUCAGAGGCGGGUCUUUCGAGCCGGCAGCUUGUGUAAGCGGAAGAGUCCGGAAUGUGACAAAGAGACCUCCAUCUGCACCGACCUGGAUGGCGUCGCGCUGUGUCAGUGCAAGUCUGGCUACUUUCAGUUCAACAAGAUGGAUCACUCUUGCCGAGCAUGUGAAGAUGGAUAUAGGCUUGAAAAUGAAACUUGUAUGAGCUGCCCAUUCGGCCUCGGUGGUCUCAACUGUGGAAACCCCUAUCAGCUCAUCACUGUGGUGAUCGCCGCGGCAGGGGGCGGCCUCCUGCUCAUCCUGGGCAUCGCACUCAUUGUUACCUGCUGCAGAAAGAGUAAAAAUGACAUAAGUAAACUCAUCUUCAAAAGUGGGGACUUCCAAAUGUCCCCAUACGCCGAGUACCCCAAGAAUCCUCGCUCACAGGAGUGGGGCAGAGAAGCCAUUGAAAUGCACGAGAACGGAAGCACCAAAAACCUCCUGCAGAUGACAGACGUGUACUACUCGCCCACAAACGUAAGGAACCCUGAACUUGAACGCAACGGACUGUACCCAGCCUACACUGGACUGCCAGGAUCGAGGCACUCUUGCAUUUUCCCAGGACAGUAUAACCCAUCUUUCAUCAGCGAUGAGAGCAGGAGGAGAGACUACUUCUGAGUCCAGGAGACGGAGGGGCCGGGAUGUCUGGCUCAGAGGAUUACAGCCCAAGGGAGCACCAGGCACUAGCUGCUCCUGGGACUCUUCAGAGCCAUGCUUGAAGGGCGUGACCACAGUGGAAGGGACAGAUGGAUGCGGAACUGCAGGCCACUCAUUCAGCACUGUUGCUACUGUGAACAUGGCCGUGGGCCAGUACCGAGUCCCUGAAUGCCUGGCAGGUAGAACUGGACUUCUUCCACAGCAGACCCUGAGACUUCAUUUCCAGGAUGCAGUUCCCUUAAUUUGCACUUUAAUAGAUUGGGCAGGGACACUUCGUGUUUUUUGUUUUUGGACCCAUUUCUAGACUAUUCCAGAAAGCCUUUCGUUCCUAGGACACUUCCACAGGCCUCAGUUUGGUGAUUGAUUGGCAGCCAGGUGCUGGCACUUUUGUUUUCUUGCCCGGUGCCUUGUGCUAAACAACAGGUGGAGGUAAACAUACCACUGUGAUGUAGCGGCCAUUGGCACUGCAGUCAGGCUCAUGGUAUUUUAAGGUUUCUAGGCUGUCUGUGUUCAUGUCCAAGUCAAUGCCAUAAAUGAGACCUUGACAUUUGCAAGGCUCAGCACAAAACUUUUUUACGUCAAGGUGACACAUUUGCUUACAAUGUAUUAGUUUUACUUUCCCGGGCAAGUGUGAAUCAGGGCAAAACAACAUUCCUUUGAAUUUCACUAGAAGCAUCCAUGCGCCCCUUAGUGUGUCUCAGCACUGUGUGUCUCAGCAGGCAGUAUCAGGCAGGUCCGAUGAGUGGUGGGGUGUUUUUCCCCCAUCACAUGGAGGAAUUGCAUGGGGCCUUGGGGCUCCAACCACCAACACCAACGUAGAGUCAGAGUCUGCAGGGUGUAGUAGAAGGAGAGGCAGUUGCAGGUGUGUCUGAGCUAAUGUCUCACCUCCGGAGGGAAAGCAGUCUGCUACAGGCCUCACAGCAAAAUGUGGCAGAGGAAUGAACCCAAUAACCUGACACAUUCCCCGGACCCCAGUGCAGAAGCUGGGGCAUCCCCCAAGAAGAAUGGAGAGCUAGGAAGAAGCCACCAGUAAGGGUGCAACCUGCCAAUCUUCGAACCCCAUAAUGUCUGCAAACUCAAUGGAAACUUUUAACCACUUAAAGCUAUUUAUUCACUGAAGAGAGAACUUAUUUACUGUCACCCAGUCAUUGGUGCAUCUGUGUUCUUGUGCAGUGUCCCCUCAAGACUCCGCUAUGGCCCGUCAGCUUUGGAGAACUAAAGGCUGGCCAGCUAAGGGUCUGAGAGUUUGCUUUGGGGGUAGGAAGUUCUAUAUUUUGUUUAUUGUAUUGUGGUAUCCUGGGGGGUUGGAGGGAUGUGUGGUAUUCAGUCCCUUGUGGAACUAUCAGCUUGUGGCAUGUCCUGGAAAUAGGACAGCUAUUGGAAAUGGUUCUGUAUGUGUUUCUUUGGCGUUCUCUGGUUCCUCCAAAAUUUAUGAAGGUCCCCAUCCUCUUUUAAGUGUGCACUGUGUCCCAUGGUCUGGUGACACAUGUCACAACUGAACUGUGUCACCAUUCACUCUCAUGCCCUACAGCAGAACCAUUAGUCAGGUGCAGAGGAUUUUAGCCAUGUUGCAUUUAGUACAGAGAGGAUUCAGCUACUCUUGGUUGAUGCUAGCUUAACGUUGCAAAGCAUCGCCAUCUAGAAGCCGUGAGUCUUGUAUGUGUGUCUGUAUGGAACCAAUGAGUCCUUGUGUCUUUGUGAGCCCCUGUGCUCUGCUUGCCUGAGCCCAGAUCUCUUCCAAGGUAGCCAGGUUCUAGCCCUUCUGCCAGUAUUCCUGCUUGUCCCAGGACUCAUUGCUGUGGGAAGAAACCUUCUAAUGCCUUCAGCUGGUAAGCACCUGUGUAGGGGGCAGACUCCCAGCUGGUGAGCACCUGUGUAGGGGGCAAACUCCCAGCUGGUGAGCACCUGUGUAGGGGGGCAGACUCCCAGCUGGUGAGCACCUGUGUAGGGCAGACUCCCAGCUGGUGAGCACCUGUGUAAGGGGCAGACUCCCAGCUGGUGAGCACCUGUGUAGGGGGCAGACUCCCAGCUGGUGAGCACCUAUGUAGGGGGCAGACUCUCAACUGGUGAGCACCUGUGUAGGGCAGACUCCCAGCUGGUGAGCACCUGUGUAGGGGGCAGACUCCCAGCUGGUGAGCACCUGUGUAUGGGGCAGACUCCCAGCUGGUGAGCACCUCAAGCCCCACAGAAUGAAGUACUCUGUUCCUAGGAGGAAUUCCAACAUCCAGGAAAGUGUCCUGUGAGUUCCAAAAAUGCUUGCUAAUUCAUGAGUUGGGCCCAAAUAGAGUAGAGUGAAAGUGUUUUCGUUUUGUUCCUUUUUUACUGUGAAAAACAUGAGGAGAGCCCCAAACAAGGGUGCAUUCACACUGGGUUUGCGAGUAGGGGAGGAGCUUGCAGUAGAAAGGUCUCUCUCUGUCAUUGGGAAGAAUGGGGUAUGGGUGCUCUCCUACUCAGGGGUUACAUCCAGAAGGAGCCCAGAGACGACACCAGUAUCCCAUGAGCAGGACAGACAGGAUGAGCACAUGGCUGGACAUGCAGAAUCUUUGUUGGACAGAAGUGCUCAGAGUCGGUCCCUACACCUAGAAUUUGUGUCACAGUCCUCAAUUGGGGUCCCAUGACAAGGAAAGUGGGCAGAAAGGAAAAGCCACACUGCCUAGGAGAUGCUUGUAUGGGGUGCGAUCCAGGCCAGGUAGAAUUCUGGGGCAUUCAGAAUCAGGGCUAAGAAAGGGGCUCUUCCUGAAUCCAGCCUGAGCUCUGUAUAAAGCCAAGGUUUUUUGGUUUUGUUAUUGUUUGUUGUUUGUUUGUUGUCUGUUUUCCUUUUUUUAGUUUCAUGAGCCAGCUCAUGACACUGGGGCCUAUUUCUUAGGAGGAUAAAUGUGCCCACCAUGGCCAGGCUCUAUGCAAGGUCUCUGGCCUUCCAUCACGUGUGUUAGCCAAUGAUGAGCAUUCAGAGAAGAGGCGUGGCGUGGAGAUGUAGCUUCGAUGGCCAAGUGCUUGCUUAGCAUGUACAAAGUCCUGGGCUCUGGACCACACACACAGGGCAUAGUGGUACACUCUUGUCUUAAAAAAGGAAAAUAUUGGCUGGUUUGUGGUUGGCAAGAGGCGUAUUGGUACGUGGCUUGGGCGCUCAGAAGUGAAAGGGGGUGGUCUAGGUGGGUUUUUGACAAGCACAACCAGGCUGAGGCCCCAUAUGAGAGCUGCCUGCCUUAUUCUCAGAGUGAGGUCAUGACUCCCAUGUAGUAGAAGUGUGAACCUGCGUGGACUGGGGACAGAGGUGAGUGUCUGAGGUGUCACAUGAUCGUCCUAAUUGGAGAGGUUACUUCUAGAAGCAUCUAAGUCAUGUUGAACCAGAACUACUGUUUGAUUGGAGCGGUCAAGCUGCCUGGUGGUAUUUGAGGUCAAAGAUUAAGAGCUGACUAUUAGACUAUCAUGGUCUAAAAGAGGAAGUCGUACAAGUUGGCCAAUAGGAGUGUGCAGUGAUGUUGGAAAGAGACUGGAGUAAAGUCUUCCGAGAUGCUGUCUGUUCAAGUGUGAAGUUCCGGAGCGGGCAGGGUAGCAUCACCCCUGGCGCGUGACUUUUGGAUGCCUCCUUAAGCCCCUUUGCCCAGCAGUGACAUGUACUACUAUAACUAAGGGGCUUUGCCUGAAGCAGGAAAGCUGUAGAGCCACAUUGCCCUUGCCUUAGUGUUUUAUAACACACUCAAAACUAGAGGGGCUUGACCAAUAUUUCUAAAUUUAUAUCGAUUUUUCUUUUGAGACCAAAGCACUUCUUUGGGAAGAAGGCCAAUACAAAGUUUAGUAUUCUGGUAUUUUAUUUAAAACAGCUCAUAACAGCAGAUAGAUAUGUUUAUCUACCUGAAAGCCUGUUUUUCUUCUGCUGCUUCUUUGGGAGGGUAGAGUCAGGAAGGGACCCCAGGGCCUUGCACACACCAGCCAAGUGCCGUCCUGUGGAGCUGCCCAGCCCAGCCCCUCAUUUCUUCUUCACAGUAUCAGUCCAACAAGGUUCUCAACAUGUUUGGUUACAGAAAUGGUUCUGUAGUUUGCUUUGGGGAAUGUGUGUUCUUUAUUUUCUUUUCUCAAAUCCCCAAAGGGGAAAACACAAUAGGAACACUGAAGUUAAAAUAAUAACUUUAAACAUUUUUAAAAUAACCUGUUAAAAUAAUAGGAACAUUAAAGUAUUAAAUGCCACUCAAUUCCGACUGCAGUUCAGUGUCUCCAUGAGGUCACACUUCUUUAUGUCUGAUGCAAACUUUAGCCUGCACAAUAGCCUGUGAAACCAAAGGGGAGCCGUUUAGGUCCCAGGAGGCAAGUCCUGGCCUGCCUCUUGUCACAUGGGCAUCUUCAAAGAGAACACUUCCAGUGGGGCUGCCUGGUAGAUUCUGCUAUAAUUUUAAAUGAUGGGCUCAAUGUUCUUGUCCUGAAUUGUUGAGGACAGGGUAAAAAUAGUGGUGGGAUGGAGCAAGUUUGUUAGGGGAACUGAACCAAUUUCCUUAACUUUGGGCAUUACCUAGGCCUGCUCUACAGAGAAAAGGAUGGUUCGCCUUGAAUUGCUGUGAGUUUUGGUGAUGUAUGCGUGUUGCUGGUGUUACAGUUAAAUGGAGAUGAGGCUGCAGUACAAACUCCAUUCCGUUUGUCCUGGAUUUUGUUCUGUACACCUUUAAUGCGGACAGCCGGGUUGACUGUGUGAGACCCAUCAAUGAGAAUGUUAUUUAAAGUUGUAUUAUAAUGUCACCUCCACUAAUUAUUCAGUACUGUAGUAGCAAUGUAUUAUUUGUAAGAAUGUGGUUAUUUUUAUACUUAUAUCCACUCUGAGUCUGGCGUUCUAGUCAGCAAACAAUGAUGCAAUAAAAUUAGUAAGAUUCCCAUUGGUUUUCUCUUAAAACAA